AUGGAUACUGUGGUUAAAAAUAUGUUAGAUGAAGACACAGAAGAAGAGAAGAAGGGCUUAGUAUUGUUUGGACGUGACCUAUCCAAGAUUCCAUGCUUUCGAGAAAGUUUUUUAACUGGUAUUGCAACAGGUAUAGGUGGUGGACUGGUAGCAUUUAUUAAAACAUCAAAGCCGUUUUUGUCACAGCAUAUUGGAGUAGGAACUUUUUCCAUUACUACUCUACUCUACUGGUCAUAUUGCAGAUAUCAGUGGUCAAAACAGAAGUUUGAUGCUCAACUACUUCAAGAAGCCUUAAAAGAUAAAAUAAGAUAUGAGGGUACUGUUGUAGAAAAAGAAUUAGAACAGAAGGGAGUUUUAAAGUCUGCUUAA